AUGCCCAGUUUCAAGAAUAAUUAUGGUACUGAAUUCGUCAAGAGAACGAAGAAAUCUCGAUCUCUAGAUAAAGUGGAUGCCAGUUGCCCUAAAAUUAAGAAGGUCAGAAGCGUUAUUAAGUGCGAACCAGAUACGGAUAUUAGAGAAUACUCCAAACCAGUAUACGAAUUUAUAUACCAGACGGCGGAACAGUGGGGUCAAAAGGGCCCUAAUGCCUCGAAUCCAGCAGCUAUUCGUUCUCCUCCUUUAAGUAUACUAUUAACUGCUCCUUCGAUAGCUCUAUUAACGCCGCCUUUACUCAAUUCCAGGGCUUUAACUCCAAUAACAGACAUAUACGGGAGCGCGACUCAUACGCCAGUACCACAAAUUCCCAAUAACGCUAAUGGCAAUAUUGACCUACUCCUUCUUUCUAUACCGGAUACCGCCGCACCUGUCGGAGACAAUACAAUUCGCUCAUUACCACAUCAAAGCUUUACUACUACCUCCUGUAAAUCGAAUUUAAUAACGGAGUUUUCUGAGGUAUGCAAUAUAGUAUCGGAAUAUGACGUAAUCGAAGUAGAGGACCUUACAGACCUCGACAAAGAGUCUCAAGCCUUAGAGGCUGGAGCUUUUAUUACCCCAGCGGACGACAGUGACAGGCUAGACCUUUCGACUAUUAGAGACACUCUACCCGAGGAGAAGCUAUUAGUGGAGUCAACUAAUGUUCUGAUAUAUAAAGAUAUAGCUACUGAGAAAGGAGGGCGCAAAUACUUUAAUAAAGAUUUUGUAUUUGUCAGCGACUCAUUAGAUCCAGAUCUACGGAAUAUUCUGGAUUACGAAGAGCUACCGGACACAUAUAUUAGUAGAGCCUACAGUAGUCCUGGUAACGGCUCUAUAGAAGGCAUACCUACUUCUCAUCAAGACUCAGAAUCUCAGCAGCUCAACGAAAAAGCUGUUCAGGAAACUAGGCCAUCCGCUGUGGACCCCGAGGAUAACCAGUUCGAAGUUAAGCGAGUUAUAGAUAAUCAAGUUAUCCCAGUUAGUCAAGGGAGACGCAAGAAGAUGAUUACCCAAUACUGGGUCAAGUGGAAAGGAUAUCCAGAUGAUAAUAAUAGCUGGGUUAAUGAGGCUAAUAUGUAUGAGGAUCUCAUUAAGGCCUACAGGGCGGUACAGACCUCAGCUUGA